CUCUUCAGCACCUGUUGCCUUCACUAGCAGCUUUUCCUCCUCCUCUUCCCUGCACUCCUCAGAACCAAAGAAUGUGAAGGGGGUCCAUGGAGGGCUCACGUCCCCGCGCCUCGGGCGGCCACCUAGCGCCGUCGCCACCGGCCUUCGACGGCGAACUGGAUCUGCAGCGCUACUCCAACGGGCCAGGCGUAAGCGCCGGGUCUCCGGGGAUGGGAGCAGUGGGCUGGUCUGACAGUCGCACAGGUGAACGGCGCUUCCCCUGCCCUGUAUGCGGGAAGCGCUUCCGCUUCAACUCUAUCCUGGCUUUGCACCUACGGGCGCACCCAGGCGCCCAGGCCUUCCAGUGCCCGCAUUGCGGCCACCGUGCUGCGCAGCGGGCCCUGCUGCGCUCGCACCUGCGCACGCACCAGCCUGAGCGCCCGCGAAGCCCCGCCGCGCGCCUGUUGCUGGAGUUGGAGGAGCGCGCGCUACUGCGAGAAGCGCGGCUGGGAAGACCCCGAAGCUCAGGGGGCCUGCAGGCCACCCCUGCCACCGAGGGCCUGGCGCGGUCCCAGGCUCCUUCGUCGUCCGCCUUCCGUUGCCCCUUCUGCAAAGGCAAGUUUCGCACCGCGGCGGAGCGCGAACGCCACCUGCACAUUCUGCACAGGCCCUGGAAAUGCGGCCUGUGCAGUUUCGGCUCCAGCCAGGAGGAGGAGCUGCUGCAUCACAGCCUGACGGCCCACGGAGCUCCUGAGCGCCCCCUGGCGGCCACCUCGGCUGCACCCCAGCCUCAGCCUCCACCCCAGCCUCAGCCUCCACCCCAGCCUGAACCCAGAUCCGUCCCUGAGCCCGAGCCGGAGCCUGAACGUGAGGCAACCCCCGUCUCCGCUCCUGCUGCUCCCGAGGAGCCCCCCGCGCCUCCGGAGUUCCGCUGUCAAGUGUGUGGCCAGAGCUUUACGCAGUCCUGGUUUCUCAAGGGCCACAUGCGCAAGCAUAAGGCCUCCUUCGAUCAUGCAUGUCCUGUUUGUGGCCGCUGCUUCAAGGAGCCCUGGUUCCUUAAGAACCACAUGAAGGUGCACGCCAGCAAGCUGGGCCCACUGCGUGCCCCGGGGCCUGGUUCUGGGCCUGCCCGGGCCCCCCAGCCUCCUGACCUGGGCCUGCUUGCCUAUGAGCCUCUGGGUCCCGCGCUCCUCUUGGCCCCGGCGCCCACCCCGGCUGAGCGCCGUGAGCCUCCGAGCCUCCUGGGAUACCUGAGCCUGCGAGCCGGCGAGGCCCGGCCCAAUGGUGAGGGCGCUGAGCCUGGGGCUGGCCGCAGCUUUGGAGGCUUCCGCCCACUGCCCUCUGCUCUCCCAGGCCGGGCUCGCCGGCACCGCGCGGAGGAGCCAGACGAGGAAGAGGAGGUGGUGGAGGCAGAGGAAGAGACCUGGGCCCGGAGCAGGGCGGUGGGCCCUCUGGCUUCACUGCCCCCGCGCCCGGGCGAGGGCCCAGGGCACUCUGCGACUGCUGCGGGGGCCCCGGCGAGGUCCACCGCCACGCAGGAAGAGAAUGGGCUCUUAGUUGGAGGGACCCGGCCUGAAGGGGGCCGGGGGGCCACUGGCAAGGACUGCCCCUUUUGUGGGAAAUCCUUCCGCUCAGCACAUCACCUCAAAGUGCACCUGCGAGUGCACACAGGAGAGCGCCCGUACAAGUGUCCGCACUGCGACUACGCGGGCACCCAGUCCGGGUCGCUCAAGUAUCACCUGCAGCGCCACCACCGGGAGCAGAAGAGCGGGGCAGGCCCCGGGCCUCCUCCGGAGCCGCCACCCCCUUCCCAGAGGGGUGCAACCCAGUCAUCGGGAGCCAAGCCAGCUGCGCAGCCUGCGACCUGGGUGGAGGGCACAGCGAGCUCCCGGCCUCCCUCGAGCGGCGCCACGUCGGGGUCCCGUCGGAAGCCCGCCAGCCCCGGGAGGACCCUGCGCAAUGGGCGAGGCGGUGAGGCCGAACCCCUCGACCUGUCCCUGCGGGCAGGGCCGGGAGGCGAGGCUGGGCCGGGGGGUGCCCUCCACCGAUGCCUCUUCUGUCCCUUCGCCACUGGAGCCCCCGAGCUCAUGGCCUUGCACCUGCAAGUGCACCACAGCCGCAGGGCUCGGGGCCGAAGGCCGCCCCAGGCCGAUGCAUCCCCGCCCUAUGCCCGAGCACCAUCCGGAGAGACCCCUCCCAGUCCUCCGCAGGAAGGGGAGGAGGGCCCCGGGCUACUGCGUUCAGGAGAGGCUGGGCUGGGGGGGCAAGAAAGGUAGGGAGCCCUCUUAGGGGCUGUUAGCUUAGUGAGUUUACCCCGCAGGAGCGGGGCCGCGCUAGAGGUAGUUGGGUAGAGCAGCCAGCAGGGGGCAGCGUGGGACCCAUAUCCCAGCCCCGGGCAGACCAGAGGUGGAGGAGGCAGAGGGCGUUAGGAGGGUGGGUGGGCGAUACCCAUCCAGCCCAAGAGAGAGUCACAGUGCCUUAGAAGUGGCAGGGGUGAGGAUCAAAGAAUGGGGUCCCAGGGCUGGCAGAGAGGAGUGUUCCUGGUGAGGGGCAGCUUUGUCAGUCUUUGCUGGUCCAUAGGCGUGAGAGUUUAUUUUUGUACAAUGGGUGGGGGUGGGGGCACUGUACCCUUCUAGCCCCUCCAGGGGCCCUGUAGACGUUGCUAUUUUUGGUACGAUUCCUGUCAUCCCUGUCGCAGAGUUGUGUCCCCAAUAAACAGGUGUCUUGAGGCACA